CCCGGUCUUUAAUGUCACCAAGAAUCCAGUUCUAAAACUACAACUCCCAGCAGUGUUGUGCCAACCAGAGUUGUAGUCCCAUAGAAGCUACAGCCCAAGAAUAACAUCAACCUCCACUGCUGCCGAGGGGCGGAGCUACAUCACGUGCCGUUUAUCAGCAGGCUAGAAGGGGCGGGGCUCUGAGCGGGAGAUGCGGAAGUGGUCCUGUCAGUCGGGGCCUGAGAACGAUGUGAGCACUUCCGGCGGCUGGCGGUCUCCGUACCCCGGGCUGGGAUGUGAGGAGGGGCUGCGGCCGGGACAGCUUUUAAGAAAUUGCACUCGUCUGGAUUUGCUUGGAAAAUGUGAGCGCGUGUUGGCCCCGGCAGGAAGUACACAGCUUAUUCAUGUCUGCGCGGUAGAACCACAGAGCACUUGUGAUGAGAUGGAGCCUGGAAUGAACACUUUCCGUGUCGAGUUUCCAGAUUUCUCAAAUACCAUCCUUCAGAAGCUGAAUCAGCAGCGCCAACUGGGACAGUUAUGUGACAUUUCCAUUGUGGUACAAGGCCACCUCUUCCGAGCCCACAAAGCCGUCUUGGCAGCCAGCUCCCCAUAUUUUUGUGACCAGGUUUUGCUUAAAAACAGCAGGAGGGUGGUACUUCCUGACGUCAUGAACCCCAGGGUCUUUGAGAACAUCCUCUUGUCCUCAUACACUGGAAGGCUGGCAUUGCCCCCUCAGGAGAUUGUAAGUUAUCUGACUGCAGCAAGUUUCCUUCAGAUGUGGCAUGUCGUAGACAAGUGCACGGAGCUCCUGGAAAGUAACCCAACGCUUUUGUGUCAGAAAUCUAGCAUCAGUAAUGACCACCAGUCUCCCAGCAGCAGCAACUACAACGGUAUAGGCGAAAACUUCGAGAUUUCGUGUGCCCAGCCAGAGUUUAGGAAGGGUGAGGAGAUACAAGAUGGUGAGAAUGAAGAUGACAGCCCAAAGGAUGAUGAACUAUCGUCUCAACUCACUGAACAUGAAUACCUGCCCAGCAACUCUUCCACUGAGCACGACCAGUUGAGUACAGAGAUGGCCAGCCAAGAUGGGGAAGAGGGUGCCAGCGACAGUGCCGACUAUCACUAUUCCCGUCCUCUGUACAUCAAGCCAAGCAUCAUGGCUCACAAACGGUGGGUCCAAGUAAAGCCGGAAAGGUUUGAGCAGGAAUGUGAAGGUGUGGAAGUGCACCCACCCUUUGAGGACCAUGUUUCCGAGUCUGUCAACUUGACACAGGCUGACCCUCCGAUCCAGUCUUCAGGUGUUGUAGACAGUUUUGACUUCUGUAAUAAGAAGGUAGCAGAGCCGGAAGGACACAGCAGCGGCAACAACAACCGUUACAACGACCAUGUUGACUUUUACGGAUCAUCUAUGGAAGAGUUUUCGGCAGAACGCGAUGAACCUCUUGAGGGACACGGCACAGAAAGCACCUCAGGAGGCUUUGGGGAAGGCUUGGAUGUUUCUACCGGUAUUAAAGAAGAAUCGUCAUCCUCUGGCUUUACUGCAGUCGUCUAUAAACUGUAUCCUUGCCAGUGCGGAAAAAGCUUUACGCACAAGAGCCAGCGGGAUAGACACAUGAGCAUGCACCUCGGCCUCCGACCUUAUGGAUGCGGGGUGUGCGGUAAGAAGUUCAAAAUGAAGCAUCACUUGGUCGGCCACAUGAAAAUACAUACUGGGAUUAAGCCUUAUGAGUGCAAUAUAUGUGGCAAGCGCUUUAUGUGGAGGGACAGUUUUCAUCGACACGUAACUUCUUGUAGCAAGUCCUACCAUGCUUCGAAAGGAGAGCAGGCCCAGGCCGAGAGCUAAACCCGCCUGUGUCUUUGUAUACUCGUGAACAGGGAGAAGCCUCUCACCAUCCCUUUUGGCUUGGCAAACACUAUACAAAAUACGUUCAAGCAAUAAGCAAGUUACAAAGUCCGCAAUAGUAAUUUCAAUUUGGUGUCUGCUAUUGGAACAAGAUAUAAAGUGAUGGAAUAUUACCAGGGUAAAAGCUAUAGGUAUAUGCGACACGUGAAGGGGACAUUCCAUGACCAAGCAUCCCUAUAAAAUGGGUGGUUUCAUGUGGAUAUCCCUUUUUGGAAAUUAAGCUGAUCCUGUGAUCACCUGAGAUCAUCAGGGGAUGCUGCUCCCAGCCAUGUGGUUUUUCUGCAGCGGCCACUACUGGGGAAAUGUAGUAUUGCAUGCCAUGCAAAUGAAUGGCAGUCCUUGUAAUAUAUAUGGACAGGCCUUUCUAGUUGCCCUGGUUCAUAGAGAGGGAGGGGUGCCAAGCGGAGGAACCCCCUCGAUGACGAUACGCCGUAAUAAGGUAUAUAGAUAGUGAGUAAGGGGUUCCCAGGGAGAUCUUCUAGCUUUUACCCUAUUUUUCCAUGAUACAAACUAACAGAAAAUAUUACAUUAUUUAUUUUAAUGUUUAUUAUUCAAAUU